AUGGAGCUGAAGCUGCUUUGUGCUGCCGUGCUGUCGGCCUUCAUGGUUACAGGAAACAACGCACAGUCAAGUGUUUGUGGCACCGCCCCGCUCAAUACAAAGAUCGUAGGGGGUCAGAGCGCUGUGCCGGGGGCGUGGCCCUGGCAGGCCAGUCUGUACAUGAAUGGCAUAUUUUUCUGUGGAGGCUCCCUCAUCAACAACCAGUGGGUCCUGACUGGUGCUCAGUGUUUCCCCAGCACCAGCACUUCUGGUUUGGUGGUUUACCUCGGACGUGACAAGCAAUCAGUUACAACGAGCCCUAACCAGCAGUCCCGUUCAGUGACCAUGGUCAUCAAGCAUCCAUCCUACAACAGCAUCAAUUUUAACAACGACAUCGCCUUGGUGAAACAUCCGAGGCUGAAACAUGAAGCAUCAACACUGAAGAACCAGAAGCUGCAGUUCCUCCCCCUUCCUUACCCCUACAGCCUGCAGGAGGUGAGCGUUCCCGUCGUGUCCAACAGUCAGUGCAACAAAGUCUACGGAGGAAUCACCAGCAACAUGAUCUGUGCCGGUGUGCCCAGUGGAGGAAAGGACAUCUGCUUUGGCGACUCAGGCGGCCCCAUGGUGAGUAAAACCGGAUCCAGGUGGGUCCAGGGUGGAGUGGCGAGUUUUGGAAGCGCCUGUGCUAAACCCAAUGCCCCAGGAGGCUACACCCGUGUGUCCAAGUAUCAGGCCUGGAUCAACAGCCACAUCUCCACCAACCAGCCGGGCUUCGUCACCUUUUCAGGCUCCUCCAGCGUCGGUCCAGCCGCCGGAGUCGUCCUCCCUGUUCUCCUCUCUCUCUUUGUCCUCUCAUAGGAGGUUUCAUGAUGCCAGAGGAGUCAAAUAACUGUAAAAACAUCCAGCUGAACGAGGUUUAUGGUCUCAUACGUAUGUGCUUUAAGAUUUGUCUUAAAACAAGCAAAAUAAAA